AGACCGUCAGUCAGUCAGUGGUUGUUCGUCGUCAUAGAAAAUCGCCCUUCCUGAGCUGAGUGAGUGAGUGAGUGUCAUUGAGUCAUCUGUUCCAUUGGAUAUCGAGUGUCGUUCGCCGUUCCCCGUUCCCCGUGGCUCAGCAUCGGGGAUUUGAGGGGCAACUUGGCCCAUCCUUACCUACUAUUGGAGCAUUGCCGAUCCCUGUCAGUGGUAGAUUGAUGUGGAUGAGCCUGCCAGCGAUUGGAUUGUCCAACUCCUUGUCACCAUGAGCUCGAUCGUCAUGGAGGAAUACGAGCUCAUGGGCGAUAGUAAAUAUCGCAGUUUCAUGUCGUUGGUGGACAAGGCGCUCAAGUCGUUCGAGUACACCACGGAAUGGGCCGACCUGAUCGCGGCCUUGGGCAAGCUCAACAAGGUGUUGAUCUCGCACAUGAAGUUUCCUAUCAUUCCGCGUCGUUUGGUCAUCUCCAAGCGAUUGGCCCAGUGCAUGCAUCCCGCCUUGCCCUCGGGUGUCCAUCUCAAGGCCCUCGACACCUACGAUAUCAUCUUCAAGUGCAUGGGCACCAAUCGGUUGGCCCAAGAGUUAUUUGUGUACAGUGCGGGCUUGUUCCCGCUUUUUGCCCAUGCGGCCAUGCAUGUUCGUCCCACACUAUUGACCGUCUACGAGACGCAUUUCGUUCCCCUGGGCGAACGUUUGCGUCCCGCUUUGAAUGGUUUCCUCAGCGGAGUCUUGCCCGGAUUGGAGGAGGGCUCCGAUCAUUUCGAUCGGACUAGCAAGUUGCUCGAGUCCGUGUGUGAAGCCGUGGAUCCACCCGUGUUCUAUGAAUCCAUCUGGGAGUGCAUUGCGUCCAAUCAAUUGAUCCGAUUGCCCGCCAUCUCCUUUGUUCUCACGCAUAUCGAUCGGAAGAAGUCCAUCACGGAGCAAAAAUACUUGCUCGGGCAUGAUCUGGACGUGAUGGUGCUCUCUGUGUGUAGUGCAGUGCAAGAUUCCAGUGUCCUCGUACAACGGAACGCCUUGGACCUGCUCAUUUCCACGUUCCCGUUGCAUGAAACCUUCUUGAAGGAAGACUCGAUGAUCUCUAUUGUGACGGCGGCGUGUUCGGUGUUAUUACGUCGAGAUAUGUCUCUGAAUCGGCGUCUGUUCAAUUGGCUUCUAGGUGCGGAUUGUCCGAUGCCGAGUGAUGGCAACUCGAACUUUAAGAAGACCCAUGUGAGGAACGAAAGUGUCUCGAGUAUGGCCAGUACGGAUUCGGGCGAAUCCUCGCCGUACUUUGAGUUCUACUCCAAGCAGUUCUUGGUGGCAUCCUUAAGAGCCAUCUUGAGUAAGAGUUUGGAAUCCAAACAGAAUCCUGAUCUCAAACCGUAUCGGUUGUUUCUGACCCUGUUGGAAAAACCCGAGAUCGGUCCCCUGGUGAUUGACGACUUGAUCUUGGACGUGUUUCGAGCGCUCUAUCACGCUUACAAGAUCGAUCCGGACAAGGUGAGAGAAGACCACUCCGUUGGGAGAAAAGUAGUCCGAGUGAAUCAGGGAAACAAUCGCGAUCAAGAAGACAAGAAGAACCGUCAAGAGCUGAUCAAAAGUGCCAAUCUCCUGUUCGGAUCCUUUGAGUCCUUCUACAUCUGGGACUUUUGCGGCGAGCAGUUCAAGAAAGCCUGUCAUAAUCGAUACCACAUAGGCGACUCGUUCACCGAAGAUGUGAAUCAAAUCGGUUGCGAAGAGGCCACGGUGCUUGAAAUGUGCUCAGUCAUUGAAUUUCUGCUGGAUAUCGUGUCCAUUGAGACCUACGUGGAAACCCAUUCCGAGCACUUACCCGAUCUCUUCCACAAGAUCAUGAGCGUCAUGCAAGAGCGUUGCGAUCAUUUAAAUGCGAGUGAAAUCACGAAAACCUUGCAUCUAACCAAGAGGAUUCUUUCCAAAAUUCAACCUGCUUGGAAUGCCUGGGAUGCUCAGGAACAUCGGGAUGAGGAUUUCGAGGAAGAUCAGGACGAUAUUGGCCUGGAAGCCGACAAGGACGCUGAACAGGCGAGUGAGAUCUGGAGCAAGAUCGCCAAGGACGAUCACGACUCAUCUGACUCUUCUGGCGAGAUUGAAAGCGAGCCCAGAGAUGCUGCCACACCCACUGAACUCGGGAAAGAGGCCGUUGAGUCAUUGGAGACCACGCCAUCGCACUCCAACAUUGGCUCUGAUCCUAAAACUAGUCCAGUGAGCCGAUCUUCAGAGGAUUAUUCCGCCGAGACGAUCGAACCCAAGCCUCAUUUGAGGAAGAAGUCCAGCUCAGUUUCGACCAAUCACUCAACCAAGGUGAUGCAAGCACAUGAUGUGCUCAUGGCUCAUUGCAGCUUGGGGUUCCAAGACUUCUUUGUCAAGUUGAUGGAGACCAAGAUCUUUGGCUCGGGCUUUGACGUGAUGGAAACGCUGUUCCGUCUCAUGCGAAGACCCAAUGACACCUUUGAGGAGCGAACCAAAUACCUGGAAAACAUGCUGGAGGAUAAGGAGUUCCGACGAUCAUCGACCCAUGAGCUCGAGGAGGAGAAUGUCUUGAAAAAAUUGCAUACUUUGAACUUGCCCUUGAGGGAUCAUCUGGGGCAUUACGAAGAGGCCUUGGCCGUGUCUUGUCAGAUUCUUGUGGACCUCUCCUCUAUCCCGACUGUGAUCAGGCAAGGCCAAAGACAUAGUGUAGAGGCCGACAACAAGGUCGAGGCCAUGUAUGGUUGUUCAAUUGACCACAUUCCAGAUUGGCUCAAGCACCUCUUGAUUUGUGCAUGCUUGCUCGAUUCCAACCAAGCAGUUUUGCAAUUGAAUUGCGUCAAUGCCCUCCUUGAGAUGAUCGGACUCCUCCAAUCCUCAUUGACUGUCUCCAAAACGGCCAAGAAGAAACAGCCCAACAAUGUCUUGAUUGUCAUGAUGCCAUUGGUCAAGGAGGCCCAUUAUCAUUGCAUCAUGAAACAGACUUUCGUGAGCCAAAUCAUCGCUCUCAAACUGUGGGAAGGCUUGGGUUCCAUGGAGCCCGUUCAUCAUCAAAGAUGCGUGACCCUGCUCCAUCAGCUUCAUAAUCUGGCUCCGAUUCCACAAAUGGUGGAACGUAUUUUGGCUCGCUCCCUUGGGUACGGUCCCAGGAUCUCGGAAACGAGCUCGACUGUCGAUGCCUACCAAAGAUUCACGCUCCUUUGGCAUCUGAGUCGCGAUAUCGAGGCCAAAGGCAACUCGCGGAACACCAAGACCUUCGACGUGUGUCUCCUCAAAAUGUUGGAUAACCUCAAUCUGAGUUCGGGACCACUGAAGGCCCUCUCUCAGAGCUGGUUAGUCCACGCUUUGGCGAGAGGUGACAUUGCUCGACUAAUGGAACCUUUGUUCCUCACUCUAUUGGACCCGUCCACCGCUCGAGUGAGUGUGCUUCACGCCAAAAUCGAGCAUUUGGACACCGUUGACACCACAGACGGAGUGAAACCCGAGUUUGAGCGAUCCAUCUCUGAUGAGAACCGGGUUCCCGCGAACAAUCACACGCCCACUAGUGGAAGCCAUCGCAUUUAUGCCAUCAGCUCGAGCAACAAGGAAGUGGUCUACCACGUGUCUGCGGAUUCCAGCUCGCAAAAGGACCGUACGGACAAGGCCAAGAAGAUAUUCGCGCUCACCAAGUUCUACAAGAGCAAGAAGAGUCACAAGUUGUCGCCCAAUAAGCGGAAAAAACAGAUCAACUCGGGCUUGGACAUGGCCCAGCCGGCCGAGCUGACCUCGUUUUCGCUGAAUGUGAAUCCUUUCGCCCUUGUUCCGCCAGAAGUGGAGGACUAUUCGUACUUCACGCGGGGCUAUGGACCAGGUCCGGCCACGCCCAGUAUCACCAGUGAUCUACCAUCCAGCAUUUCGGCCUUUUCAGCCCCCAGUUCGCCCACUUCGACCCGAAUCAAUGAUUCCGACACGGAAAGCGAGCAACCAACAAUCUGUUCUGAGAAUGAUCCCAGCAAAGAGCAGUUGGACAGCUCGAGUUAUUCGAGCGCGGGAUCCAAGAACUUGGCCAUUCACCCUCUACAUUCCCACCUGUUGUUGUACUGUCAGGUCUGCGAUUCCAGACAGAUUCUUUACACCAUGGGUUGCAUCAAGAACAUAAUCAUGACCAACCCUCGAUUAGCCAUUUGCACUCUGUCCUCGACCAAUUUGAGUUCCACCUCCUCCACGAGGAAUAAUCAAAUCCAGAUGCUGCUCGCCCGACAUCGGAAAUCCGUUUUUGGCAAGAAUUUUGUUGGACCUCUAUCCACAGAAAACAUGACCACAUAUCGAAAUUCCACCUUGAUUGAGGUCCUGAUUUCCACUCUGCUCUAUUAUUUGAGGAGCUACUACCCGAACCUGGGUCAAGUAAGGUUAAGUGAUGACGAGAUCCAGACCAAUCGCGAGGUUCAGUUGAUGAGCAUCGAUAUCCUGAGCGUUUUGGUCUCCGAGCUCGUUUUGGUCGUGCAAGAUAAUGGCAAGGCCUAUGCCACUUACAUAUCGGACCUCUUUGGUCGCUGCAAGGUCCAAAAAGUGGUUUUGCACUCCCUUUUGGCUGGGAUCAACGAUAUGCGGGACAAUCCUCGUCGACCCGAAGAAGAAGAGACCUUGGCCUUCACGGAGGACAUUCUCAAAUUCAAUGAGAUCUACUCCACCGCCCAAGGGAGUAACAAUGGCGUGACGAGCGAUCGGAUUUCCAACUAUUCAGAAGCCUUUCAAGUUCAGGUGCUACGGCUUUUACUGUCUCUGAUUAUGUUGGAACAAGCUAUUGGUCAUCAGAACAAAGAUAAAAUUCGAGGAACCGCAGUAUUAGGCAACGAUUUGGAUGCCAGUGGGCGUUCCACGCCAGUUCAUGGCGCGAGCUCCAACCCGAUUCUCCGGUAUCACAACGAUCACGUGAUCCCUGAUCAGCCCAUGUUCCUAUUUUCCAUUGUGAGUGCCCUGAGGCAAGAGAAGAUGCGUCAUCUUCAUUCGCAUUGGACCUCCCUUGUCACCUCGUGUCUGCCAUUCCUGGGCAAAUCUCUAUCCCAAAAUGUGCUGGAGGUCACUGCCCAGCUCUGCCGUAAUCUGGAGCAAUUGUCGCACUUUUAUAAAUGUGACAAGAAUAGCUCCUUGAAGAACUCCUUGGGUCAAAUCCCCGCAGACUACAUCGUGACCCAAUUGGAAGCCCUCACCAUGAUCUACCAUCAUUGCUUGCUAGAUUCGAGUUCCCAAAUCUCGACCACUUUCACGAGUGCUGGAGCGUCUUCCUCCACGAAUUCGAACAACACGGGGAUCGCUCAAGGCAAUCAGUCUGUGGAGAUUCUGUCCAACCUGCUGCACGUCUUUUUAUCCACCACGGACACCAAAUCAUUGGCCUCUAAAUCAUUGACCGACUCCUCCUCUACCGACACCUUGAUGAUUGCCCGAAAAGUGUUGCUCUCCACCCUACCCAGACUGGUGAACACGGUCGGAAUCCUCUGGAAUGCCAUCACCUCUGUGGCAAAAUCGGACAGUUCUUGUGUGCUCAUAGGAGCUCCUAAGACGGUCAAGACUCGGCUGCUCGAUAUGAUUUCUCCUUUGGCUCAAAACCAUCCUGUUCCAUUCAUGUCUGCAGUUGGAACGGCUUGGCAAGAGAGAAAGUCUCAUGGGUCUCCAGGCAUGGUCAAGCACCCUUUACCCGUUUGUAAUGACGAUCAAAAGGUUCUUGUGGAGCUCAUUGGUUCAAUCCGAGCCUUGCCCGUGGCCACAGUCAUUCAAACCGUGCGUCAAGUCCUCAAACAUCCAUCCAAUGUCACCGGGCACAAAAUCAAUGUGGAAGUGUCCGUGCUGCAAUUCUUCUACGCUUAUCUGGCUCAAUGUUCCAUCGUACAGAUAUUUGAGUCUUGGUCCAAUCUGGCAGGAUUACUAAAAGAUUGUCUAGCUCUGGCUCCCCCGGCCAUCUUUCUAGCCCUAGCCAUUCUUAAUCAGUUCGUUCAUCGGUCCCCGAAUAUGUCCGACCGAAAAGAGCAAAAAGAGCUCCAAGAGAUCGCGGGGAAGUUGAUUGAGGCGUGUGCCCAAAUUGGCGGUGCCUGUCUGGAACAGACCACGUGGUUGAGACGGAAUCUGGAGGUCAACUACGAUCUACUCGUGGAUUUCGAGCAAACCGAUUUGGAUCUCACCGACUCCAGCACGAAAACCAAUUCGGAUUCGAAGGAGAUGGACCGAAAACUCCAGUCGCACUACGCUGUGCCCGCCUUGUCGUUGUUAGGGGAACUCCUGGCUCCGCUUUUGGACAUUAUCUAUCAAUCCGAGGAGAAGGAACGAGUCAUUCCAUUGUUAUACAACGUGAUGGUGAAUGUGAUCCCGUAUUUGAAGACUCACACCACGGGCAGUGUGACGAGCUUUAGGGCGUGUUCAAGAUUAUUGGCCGAACUGUCAGAGUAUCAGUACACCCGGAAGGCUUGGAAAAAGGAAGGCAUGGAUCUGCUUUUGGAUCCGGCCUUCUUCCAAAUGGACUUACCCAGUCUGCAGCAUUGGCGUGUGACCGUGGAUAACCUUAUGACUCACGAUAAAACCACCUUCAAAGAGCUCAUGACUAAAGUGGCUAACAUAUCUCAGUCCGGAGCUUUGAACUUGUUUUCGACCAAGGAUCAAGAAGUUGAACAGCGAGCUCUACUCUUGCGACGAUUGGCUUUCGUCAUUUUCUGCUCGGAAGUGGAUCAAUAUCAAAAGCAAAUGCCCGAAAUCCAAGAACGAUUGGCCGAUAGCUUGAGGUCGAUUUCCAACAACCCCGCCCUCCCAAGUGCCGUGUUCCUUUGUUUCCGAGUCAUACUAGUCCGCAUGUCCUCGCAACACGUCACAUCUUUAUGGCCCAUCAUCAUCACGGAGAUGGUUCAGAUCUUUUCGUAUUUAGAACAAGAACUCUCCACGGAUUCAGAGGAAUGGAGCGAUCCUCAAAAGGCCAACAGCACCCAUCUGAAGCGGAUGUCCACCUUGGAUUCGUCGUGGGUGAUGAGUGCGGGCGCAAGCGGGUUAGCCGCACAUAAUAGUCCAGGUUGGAUGGCCUUGUUUCUGGGCGUGUGCAAGCUUUUGGACUUGGCACUGGCCUUACCAGCCCAAACGCUCCCCCAAUUUCAAAUGUACAAAUGGGCCUUUGUGAGUGAAAGUAGUGAGUCCUCGCCCAACUUGGAGGACACCAAACGGGAGGAAAACGACAAACCAAAUGGUCACCAUCCCGCCUUUCCACAUCAAGAUUUCGUGCCAUACGUAGUGCGGGUGGCCAGACUGUUAUUACACAAGAUUGAGGAUAAGGUCCAUCCGGUGAAAUUGACCGAGGGUCAGCCCAUUUUGACUAUGACCUCCAUUGGCUCCCUAGAGGACUUGGGUCCUUUUUUUGCCUCCAUUUGUGAAAAUGUCACACGUCAGCAAACCAAGACCAAGAAAAACAGGGCCCACCGAAACCGCGAAAAGACGUGGUCCACCGAGAAACCCACGAAUGAUAUCAUUGACGCUAUUCUUGAGAAAGACUUCUUGGAGCCGUGGCCCAAAAACCCGGUGACAUAAAUCCGCAACCGACGCAUUCAUUCAAAUACGCAAAAGAGCACUUUUACCCAUUCAAGCAGCACUUUGACUAGAAAUGACCCAACGUCAGAAAAUUGGUUUUAAUCUCUCGAGUUUAUUUAGCCUGAAGAAUCGGGGAACAACAAAUGACGUACGAUUGGAAUUCUGUGAUUGGAAGAGGUUGUUUUCUUGUUCUCGGGUCAGAUAUAUCAGGUUUGGGUUUAAUGCAAGCAUAAUGUGAUCAAGAUUAAAGACUUUAUGACCAGAGAAAUAUAUUUUCAAAAAACGGA